GCGAACAACUGUCACUAACUUGGGAAUUGUUUGAGAAUAUGAGCAGUGCUAAUAUCUGCAGUAUUGAUUGGCCAUGAAAUGGGUUCUGUGAAUUCAGAGGAAUAACAGAAUUCCACCUUAAAACUAUGAAAAAUAACUAGGCGAGUGAUACAGCUUCGAGAAUGCAACAACCACAACAUGAGACUCCCGAAAGUGAGUCCAGCAACUUUGAGUGUUAUCAGAAUUACACGGCGCCUGAAGUUUUCGUACAACAUAUCGCUGGAAUUGUGAAUCAGGGAGACGUUGAACUCAUUGUACGAGCACAGAAACAAAUGCUCCAAAGAUUUGAAAAGACUAAUGAAAUGUUACUGAACUGUAUAGCAUUGAGCAACGGCCGAUUGAAAGUGGCUAACGAUGACUUUAGAAAGCACAUCAAACUUAUAAAUGAUAUGAAAAAAGAUUUGGACUAUAUUUUCAAGAAAAUUCGUAAUAUCAAGUCUCGUAUUGGCAUACAAUAUCCACAAGCAAUGAAAAAAGUUGAACAAAAACUUAAAACUAGCAGCUUAUCGGAAGAGUCGCGGGAAGAAGAUUCACCAAAUGCGAACGACCCGCAGUGCAGCAUCGACUGUAAAUCAAGUGAUAAGAAAAGCAAAAGCGUUAAACAUGUUGAGAGAAAAAUAUCCAAAGAAUGUGUUACCGUAAAUUAUGUACAAAUGGAAACUAGUACAGAAAAUACCGAAACUGGUGUGUAUAUGAAUUCUAAUGGAAAAGUCGAAACAAGAGCCGAAACAGUGAUUGCAGCUGGCGAUGGAAAAACCGAUAAUGAUUCAACUGAUAAUGAAUCUUCAGACUGCACAACUGACACAUGAUGAAGCGCGUUGAUGUUCCAAGUUAAACUUCAGAGUAGCUUGAGUCGAAACAAAAUAUCUCUCUUUAUAAUGUAAAUUUAUUGAUUCCAAAUAAAAAAAAAAUAUAUAUCUAACUUAUUUCCUGAAAGUA